GGCGCGCUGCCAGCGGCGGGAUGCGCGUGCGCUAAAUAGCUUCACGAAUUUUUCAUUUCUUUCUGUUCUGAAAAUCGAAAGUCGAAACACUAUAUUGUAAUGCUUAUAAUAUAAUUAAAAAAGUAGUGGGGAUUAAUUUAAAAGUGAAAGUGAUAUUGUAGUAGAUAAAUAAACAAAGUGAAGUGAAAAUGUCGCCGAAGUGUCCUGUUGCGCCGUUGCAAGAAAUAACUUUAUCAUUAGUAGCUAGACAAUUAAUCCACACUUUGACGCAAGUGACUGCCGAUGAAGAUGUAGCCCUACCGUUUGCGAUGGUGUCAUCUUACUACGAAAGUAUGGGAGCGACGAGUGAUAUUUUUCAAGAUCUUCUCAAUUUAAUUCUAGGCUCCGAAUAUCUGGAUCCCUCUAUCAGAUAUUAUACGAUGAAACUGCUCCUAAAAGAGAAUGUAAAGAGCUUAGCCACGGGCAUGUUUCCCUGUCACUAUUACAGAAAAGUUCUUGAACUGAUUGCAGAACAAGGUCGACACCUGACAACUCUCAAUUUAAAAGGUGUCUGGGUAAAAGAUGAACAGCUUUCGCUUUUAUACGACAUAAUAAGAAACCUGGUUAAUUUAACUGCUUUAAAUAUACCCUACAUAGCGAAUGACGAAGUGCUCAAGUUUAUAGGUGAAAAUAAUAAAGUUUUAAAGUUACUCGAUGUAUCAGGUGAAACUGAUAUUACAGAAAUCGGUAUUGAUGCUAUGCUGACUGGGAAUCCACAGCUGACUCAGAGUUUAACGGUUGUAAAUAUAGGAAUGUACGGAGAGGAAAACAUAGAUCACACAGACGUUGCUCUUUUAAUACGUAAACUACCUAAUCUAACGAAUCUCGGAAGCUACUCGUUCGUGGGAAAGGCGUUGUAUUACUUACACAACAAUGAAUGUCCGCCGGGAUUUAAGACAAAAUUACAAUACAUACACGACUAUCAAACCAACACGAGAACAAUGAAAGCUAUAAUUGCAUUAUGUCCGAUUGUAGAAACAAUUUACUUAGAAGAACCCGAUCAAGGCGUACUACAAAUGGUUAAAGAUUUAAGUGCCAUAAAUAAAAUAAAAUUAAAUAAGUUUCAGUGUCACGAACUACACCAAUUACUCGAUAAGAUAGGUUAUAAAAUUGUGACACUUAUGCUGUCCGGUUCCCUCGGUUCGUUUAAUUUCACGAGAAUAGCGGAAACAUGUCAAAAUUUACAAAGUCUUGAAUUCUACUCGAUUCAGACUGCGACGCACGAGGAAGAAGUUCCCUUUAAUAAACUUGAACACAUUGAGAUCAUACAGGGUAAUUUGUCAGCGUCUUGUUUGAAAUAUCUAAUGACAGGAAGUCCGAAACUUAAAAAAUUAAUCAUUGGGGAUGAGAUUAAAUUAGACGACCAAGAUAUGGCGCGGAUGCUUCGACGGUAUAGGUUCGAUAACUUGGAGGCAAUUUGGUUCCCUAACGCGCCUCGUUUAACCCAAGACACAGUCGAACUAUUGAUGGAAACAUGUCCAAAUUUAAAAAGCCUGGGUCAACUCAGUGGUUGGAGAUAUACCCCAGAUGACAUGAUGCUGAUGAGAGCCAUCAUCGCCAGCACCAACACGGAUUUGAUUCUCUUACCCCUUGGCAUCUUCCAACAAGGAAAUUGAUAACCACUUCAUUGUUACUAAAUUUAAAUUAUUAUUUA